AUGAAACGCCAUGGUGCUGAAGGCGGUGAUUACAACCGCGGUGGAUCGAAGCGUCAACGGGGUGACGGCUACGCCGACGCUCUGGCGGCUGGCAAAUUUGAGCUUCGCUUUCUCGUAUCAAGCAAGAGUGCCGGAGCAGUGAUUGGAAAAGGAGGAGACAACAUCAAACGUCUCCGCUCUCAAUUCGAUGCCACCGUCACAGUCCCCGAUAGCCAGGGGUCAGCCGAGCGAGUAUUGACUAUCGUCUGUGUCGUCGAUAACAUUGCUCCACUUUGUGCCGAAAUGCUGCCCAAAUUUGAGGAUGCGGGUGCUGAUGGAAAGAGGGAAGCCAAGAUGCUCGUUCACAUGUCGCACGCUGGAGCCAUCAUUGGAAAGGGUGGUUCGAAGAUCAAGGAAUUACGCGAGGAGACUGGAUGCAACAUUAAGGUUUACUCUGAGUGUGCUCCACAAUCAUCCGACCGCAUCGUGCAAAUCAUGGGAUCCGAGUCGGGCCUUCCAGGAGCGGUGAAAGCCGUGUGUGGUCUCAUCAAGUCGAUCCCCAUCAAAGGUGCCACUCGACAAUACGACCCUAUCAACUAUGAUCCGGUGUUAGCCAAUGAAUAUGGAGGCUUCACAUUUGGCGGUGGUGAUCGCGGUCCGCCAUCGCGCGGUGAUCGAGGUGGUCGAGAUGGAUACGGAGCAAACAUGGAGAGAAGAGGAGGCGGUGAUGGCCAUGGUCGCUUCGGAGGUGGAGGACCAAUGGGUGGCGGACCUCGAGGAAUGGGACCACCGAUGAGAGGCGGACGAGACAUGGGACCACCAAUGUUGGGCAUGGGCGGAGAUUUUGGUCGUGGACCUGGACCCCAGAUGAGCGGCCCGUUUGGUGGCGGUGGAAUGGGCGCACCGAUGGGAGGAAUGGGAGGCCCAAUGGGCGGCUACAAUCAAGGAUUCCCCGGUGGUCCUCCACAAGCUGGUGGUAAUGCACUCUCGUCAACACAGCAAGUCACCAUUCCGACUGAGCUGGGAGGAACAAUAAUUGGGCGUGGAGGCGAGAGGAUCAACCGCAUCCGCGAAGAAUCUGGUGCUCACAUUGUGCUCGAGCCGACGGCCCCUGGACAAGAGGAACGAAUUAUCACCAUCACCGGCACACAAAAUCAGAUCCACGCCGCACAGUAUCUCCUUCAGCAAUGUGUUCGUCAAAGCUUGUCACAACAAGGCGGCCCUGGAGGACCCGGCGGAAUGCAAGGUGGAAUGCGUGAGAUGCGAAGCGGUCCGGGACGUUUCCGU